GUAAAUAUGGAGGUGAUACAGAUUCUAACGAUGAUACAGACGAUGAAAUAGAAAGAGCCAGAGCAAAAAUUGAACAAAACAAAGCGAAAGUAGAAGGGGAGAAGAAAACUGCAGCAGUGAAACAAGAAGAUGAUGAAUAUGGUGGUUCUACUGAUGAAGAUUCACCAAUCAAACAGCCUGUUACAAAAACCAUUAAAACAGAAGAGCCAAUGAAAACCAAUGAUACAGAAUAUGAUAGUUCUGAUUCAGGGUUGCCAGAGUUACCAGAUUUUUUCACGGAUAAAGUAUUUUUUCUGUAUGGUGAUUUCAGUGAGACAGAACGUCGUCUGAUGACCAGAUAUAUUACAGCUUAUAACGG